UGUGAUUCGUGCCAUGACGUAAUAAAGAGUGUAUAUCAAAAGGUGUUUAGUGUAGCCCAGCAAGCAUUAGUGAAGCAUGUGCCAAGUCAGCUGAGCAGGAUUUUGAAGCAGCCAUGAAGUAUCCCCUGGUCCCAUUAAUCAAUGAUCUAACAUUUCCUGUCCUUUUCUUCUGGUUUUGUUUGCCUUUUGGGAUACUAUUGAUCUUGCUCAUUUUCUGGUUUCAGCAUCUACUUAAAGAAGCCCAAGUACCCAUUACUAAAGAGAUAAAAAUGCCACCUUCUGACAAUCCUGAUGGGAACGUUGACCUGCCGUCUGAAACUGAAUCCAGAGGAGAUGACAGCCAAACCACACCAUACAGAAGAGCUUCAAAAAUUGACACAAGAAUGACACCGCCUGUGAAAAAUUUAGGCCCCAGACCCGCUCAUCUGAGUUCAAAAAUCACAGUCAAGAGAAAAGGCUUAUGUGCUGUUAUUUCAGACAGAUUGGACCAGUGCAUAAAACAGUAUUGCUCUGAGAAUAACUCUGUGUAUAAUACACUGGUGCUGCUGUGCGUUUUGCUGACAUCUCUCCUCUUCAGCCUUCUCUGCCAGUUGGUUGAGGUCUCCAGUCUUGUAAGAAUUCAGCUCCUACCUUCAUCUCUGUUUGUCCGUCCAUUUCGACUCCUUGCCUGGCUGGGCGAAAAGCCUGUGAAAAUCAUGAUCUCUCUGAAGCAAGAAAUAUCUGCUCUGUCAGCUUCCAUCAUGAGGAAGAAAGAAAAAAAUAACAUCUGGAGCUAAUGAUAUGGGCAGGGGAAGUUACAAUACUGCUGCUCCACUAAACAAAGGAAAAAUGGUACAUACAUAAUAAUCACAUUUGUCAGAGGAGUUGUGGAAUGUGUUUCAUUGCAUCAUCUUAGAUGUAUGUAUAUUUUUCUUUUUUAGAAAUGGCUAAAGUUGCAUGGUUUUUAAGAUGUCAGAUUUUCCAUACUCCAAAUGAGUACCGAAACCAAGAUUUCAAAGUGGCUAUCUAGCUCUUAUUUGCAGCCAACCACUUCAAAUGCCAUUGUUCUAUUAAGAAAAAAGAGGUUCCAGUAUGUAUAUAUGUAGCAGACUAAGAAUUAUCUUGGUUACUUCA